AUGGAGCCUGGACGAUACAGGGUCAUUAAUGUCAAGGGUGGCACAGCCCUUGACCUCGAUAUUAACAACAACUCAACUGUUCAUGGAUGGGCCUUUCAUGGCGGCGACAACCAGCUUUGGGACUUUGAGCACAUAGGAGACAACAUCUGGACUAUAUGCAACGCCAACACCGGUGGCUACUUAGCCAUCGUCAACGGCAUCGCUGGCGACGGUGUCAAGGCUGUUUCAUGGGCUGACCCGUUUGAGAUCGGUGUCCCCGAUACGGCUUUCCACCUCGACUUGAGCGACCACGGCAACUCUGCCGAUGGUACCGCCGUCCAAGUGUGGAACGCUUCUGACGGACGAAACCAAUGCUGGGUUGUUGAAGAGGCUUGA